ACUGCAUAAUGGUCCUCAGACGUUUGUUGCCAAGGAAACGUUGGGAGGGCAUGUGGAGAGGGAGGUAUAAAAACACUGGCAGCUCCACUCUGACUCUCACACCGUGGUGGAUGCACUCGCUUGUCAUCGCAGAGAGAGGCGUCGGACAACUCGCCACACACUUCCCUUCUCCGUUUGCCGGCUCCUCUCCACAAGUGAGAGCGUGAAAGAUGAUGAGGCCAAAAGACCUGCGCCAGGGCUCUGGCACCAAAACCUUCCUCGACGCGAUGCACGGAGGCAAAGUCCACCUGGCGCGCUUCAUCCUGGACGCCUUGGACGGACGCAUAAUCAACUCGAAGACCGAGAACAGCCGCACCCCUCUCAUGUACGCCGUCUGCCUGCAAGAGCCCGGGACCAGGACCAAGUUCACGCGGCUGCUGCUGGAGAAAGGCGCAAACGUCAACUGUCAGGACGAGGACGGCCGCACAGCCCUGAGCCACGCCUGCGAGAUGGGCCACUUGGAUGUCAUCAAACUUCUGGUGCAGUUCAACGCCGACCCGGACGUCUCCGACGCCUGGGGGAACAGUGCCCUCAUGUACGCGGCCUUUUCCGGACACAGUCAGGUCCUGGAGUUCCUGGUGAGAGCUUUCAAGAGACUGGGGCUGAGGUUGGACCGGACCAACAGCGCCGGUCACUCGGCCAAAGAGAUCGCCAACUUUUUCGGCCACAACCAGUGCGUCCAGAUUUUGAAUUUCCCCUGCAGAAAGAGCGUUUGCAAAGAGGAUCCGUUUGUCGAUGCGGCGAAGGCGGCAGACCCGGAGCGACGGCUUCCCAACAGGCUCCCCAGGCACGUUCUCGACAGGUUUUCCAAGCAAUCAACGAACGAAGAGCAACUGCCAGAUGUGUUCCAGAAACAGACGGACCGCUUCAGGUGUCCCAGGAGUCAGUCUCAAGAGGAUAGCCAUCGCAACAGCUGGGCUCUGCCUCCUCAGAUAGAGACAAGCCAAACCGAAGGGGAUCACAGCAUUCUCUUCACUGCCAAACAGCUGCAAAACUGCCAGCUUAGGGAGCAAAAGGGGUCGAAAAUAAUGAACUCCGUCGCUGAGUCAAGCCAGAAAGACAUUGGCCGAGACAUUCGGCUUCCAGAGCAAAAACAGGAGAGUUUUCCUCUCUGGGGAAAGGCAAAGUCAUUUAACCUGGACCUUCUGAGCAGCAGAAAGCAGUCCUAUCAGGGUGAUGUGCGUGACAUGAGGAUGUCAGCCAGCAAAUUAAAGAGAGCCUCGCUGCAGGAUGACCGAUGCCUGAUAGACAAGGUCGAAUGUCAAGGGAAGCCCCGAUCCCUGACAAACGAUGCCAGCAAAAUUGCUUCGCUGCCAAAACCUCUUUUACACAGCAAGGCUCACUCCGGGAAAGCACUCCAGGAGAAAGUCAAGUCACAAAACGAAGAAGCUAAUGAUACGGCCCCGUCAAGCCAAAGAGGGCUACAGAAGAGGGGAAGCCUCGGCUCAGUUUCCAGACACAACAAACUCCUUCUCCCCAGGGAGGAGACGGAGCCAGAGAAGAUCCCGAGCCGCGGCGGCCCAGGGUUCGUGGGCCUGGGGACCAGACUGCUGCGUCGGUUCACCGCUCCAGAGUUCAUGAGGAUGGUGAUCGACUGUUCGUCUGGCUCUUCCAAUGGAAGAGGUCGGAUGUCCCGCUCCGAGACCUACCCUCUGUCGCACACACACCAGCCGGUCAACAGCCAGCCGAGCGUCGACAGCAUCAGCGCUGUGAAGUGUGAGUUUGAGAGCUACUCGUCCCAGUCUGGCCUCGAGUAGAUAAAGGACGGUUUCCAACAAACAGAAAUGCCUGGUUGUCUUUUUAUUUUUAACUGCACUUGAAUUCUGAAAGUUUCAGUUCUUGGAUAGCUGAGAUUUCUUCUAAAGAAAAUAAUAUACUUUGUUUUAGCUGCAGUUUCCUUUUUUGCAAGAUUUCUAUUUGAAUAUAAAAAGGUUUUAACGGUAAUUGCUUGUUUACAACAGAUUUUGUGCAAUAUUAAAAAUGAAUCAAUCAUUUGUAGAUUUCAUGGUGAUAAUUUCUUUUCCAAUUAAUAUCACAUGGACCUAACUGCAUUAAAAGAUUGCUUCUGUGUCUUUGAGAGAAUUUGUAUUUUGCUUUAUAACAAUUCAUGACUGUGCAAACAAGCUGAAUGCCCAAUAAAACGGUAAACUCUUG